UAGAUCUGCGGUUUUCUUGCCCGCCCUUCAGACACUGCACUGCGCUGGACGCUACUGCACAUACGGACGUCGGAUGUCACAUUUUCACUUGGUGAAGGACUCACUCAAAGGCACAGCCGUUAGAUUUUUCACACCUACCUGCGCAGACGAGGCUUCUCGUAGCGACGUCUUUGUUUUUUCUCCUGCUUUGGGAAGUGGAUCUCGUUCCCGCGCGCGCUAGAGCGCUUUCCAUCGCAUAGCCCACAUUUCCUCAUCUCAAGCUCCUUCGGGCGAAGCAAGCCAGCAACACACAUCCAUUGUACAUACAAUCUAAGCCAUGGCCCUCCUCCACCCACCCACCCUCCGCGACUCCCACCACCGCACCACCCUCCUCGACGACACCCACCCACUCCUUUACCACCACCUCCCCGUCACACACUCCAACAUCUGGCACGACCCGCACACCCGCUGGUACGACUCCGACCAUGCCGUCGACCCGCGGUGGUCGAGCGAUACCGCCCUGCACAUCAAGUCGGAGAUGAUCAUGAAAGACCGCACGAUCCCGCCGAGGAGCAAGUCGCUGCCGCUUACGCAGAUACUCAAUAUACCUGCUGACGCGUAUGUGCCGAUGAAGGGGAUCGACCCGGACGCGAGGACGAUUGAUGAUGAGGAGGGGCGGGGGCGGUAUGCUAGCGACAACGACAGCGAUGACGAUGAUGACGAGAUCUUCUUACUUGCUGAUGAAGGCCCGGUGGCGUGCGUGUCGUCUGUUGAUGGGGAGAGUGGCGGCGCGGAGGUGGAUGAAAUGGCGGAUUUGAUGGAUUUGUAUGGGGGGUUGCAUGUGUUUGGGGAUACGACUGUCUCCACACCGGCAUUGACAUUGAACGACGCGUCAAACAUUCGCAAGAGGGAUACCGACGCGAACCCGAGCAACGUCGACGCGUGUGAAUAUGAGGGCCCGCUCUAUUUUCGGACGGAUAGUAAGGGAGAGUGGGUGCGGAGGUGGGGCGUGUUGGGUAGCAAGAGUGUGGUCGUAUGCGAGUCGCGUGAGAACCGCCAAAUACUCGCCCAAGUCCACCUCUCACCCCACCUCGUCAUCCUCCAAGAACAAAGACCGGGCACCGAGGAGCAUCGCCAAACUCAACCCUCAAAAGGAUCGAAACCCACCCACAUCAAACCCAAAAGCUGCCGCAGCCUUCCUUCCCCAACAGCCUGGUUCGCUCAACACACCUCCCCACACACAUCCUCCUCCUUACCUGCAUCCCACACCACAUCAACACACCACCCACCAGGAACAUUCGCCUUCAAACUCACAUCCCCGCCCUCCACCUCACUAGACAGCCAACAACAAAACCCAACCCAACUUCAUCUCGCAUCCCCAACCCUUCUCGAAAUGCUCCUAUGGAUGGCACGCAUCAUCUCCGCGACCGAGCGCGGGGGGGAGAGGAAAGUUGUGAGGACUCUGGUGCCUAUUCGGCGGCCUCAUCAGAAUCAUACCAGCAACCAUAGUACUCAUACCAAAGCGUUGCCGCUACUCAAGAGGGGUUUAGAGAAAGGUGCACGCACGGUUGACGUGUUUCCCCUCACCGCCGACUCGGACGUCGACACGGACACCAUAAUAUCAUCCCGAAAAUGCACAUGGCCCUCCUCCUCCGCCACCAACCUGCUCGGCGGCGCCGACAUCCCCACCACUCCUACGGGAACAAAAAGGAGAGAGGGCAGACGGUUCACGUUCCCGACGCCGGGACGAGGCUUUGGGAAGCGGUGGAUGAGGGUGAGCCAGGGUGGGGUUGUGCGGUGAUGUACUGGGGUACUGGGUUAGAUGGGGUUGGAAUGUUGCAUUGUUUUCGUUUUUCAACACGUCAUUUGUAUAUCUUUGUUUUUUUUUUAGGCUGCUGUGAGGGAUUUGAUUAGCGAGAACAUUCGUACAUCAUGUCGCUGGUGCAGUUCGUGAAAUGUGUACAAACAAAGCAUUCUAAGAUGUCGUCCCGGACUGGACGUGGGGACGCACAGAAUUCUGUUCCGUGGUGACGGGAUCCUCCAAACGAAGGAGUCCGCGUAGAUUCCGCAGAUGUCGAGGAUCGCCACCGCGGCCGUCGCGGGGAAUGUGCAUGCUCUGUGUUGAUGCAGAGAGUCGCGGGAAGGAAAGCAUAACAAAUGACGUAGAAGUGCCCGUCGUACAUCCCCUCAUAAGAAGCCUGACAGGUAUUCAUUAGCCCUUCAUGGG